CUCUCCGCGCGCUCCCCGUCUCGCCGCUCCGGCCCUCGGCUGCGCUCGGCUCCCGCCGGCCCGACAGGGAGGAGCCCAUGGCACGGCCCGGCCCCUCUGCUGUCCCUGUGCUGGUGCUCACCCUUCUGGUGCUCCUGGAGACGACCCCUGCUGGCUCUCUGGGACCCGGAACCCCUGCUCGGAACCGCCCCAAGAAUCACAUCGACCUGCCCAGCCCGGCACAGUGGACACCACAGACCGGCCACCACCGUAGGAGGGGCCUGGGCAAGAAGGAGCGGGGUCCGGGCAGACCCAGCCGGGUCCAUGAUGGCGCUCUGGUCACCACCACCAGGCAGGCCUCCAGGCUGUCCGGGGUAGGGGAGUUGCUGCCUGGACAGAGGCCUGCCGGCCUGCUGCAGGACAAGGACCUGUUCCUAGGGCUGGCGCUGCCCUACCCAGAGAAGGAGAACCAGUCCCCGGGGACAGAGAAGGCCAGGAAACGCAGCCGGGAGCACCGGAGACGCAGGGAGAGGCUGAAACUGAACCGAGGGCGAGUGCCCGUGCGGGGCCCCAGCUCCCUGAUGCAGAAGGCGGAGUUCCCGGAUGCCCGGGCUGUGGACAGCGCCCUGGAGGACUCCUCCACCAGCCUGGUGCCCACCAUCCUCUACCUGACCACCGUGGACGCAGCCCCAGCCACCGAAGAGUCCCUGGUACUGCCUGUCACGGCCCUGUGGCCACAGACCCAGCCCCGGCCUGACGGGGACGUGAUGCCCACGCUGGACAUGGCCCUGUUCGACUGGACUGACUACGAGGACUUGAAGCUGGCGGCCUGGCCCCCAGCGGGGCGGAGAGAGAGACACCGGGGGAAGCUGUCGGGUGACGGCAAUGAGACCUCGCCGGCUGCAGGGGGGACGUGCCGCCACCACCAAGACUGCCUGCCAGGGUCCUGCUGUGACCUCCGGGAGCAUCACUGCGACCCCCAGAACCGAGGCCUCAACAAUAAAUGCUUUGACGACUGCAUGUGCGCGGAAGGGCUGCGCUGCUAUGCCAAGUUCCACCGGAACCGCAGGGUGACCCGGAGGAAGGGGCGCUGCGUGGAGCCUGACACCGCCGACGGCGACCAGGGCUCCUUCAUCAACGUCUAGCGGCCCGGCGGGCGCCUCGGCAGCGGCAGGGGCCUGCGACGGGUGCGGAGACCCCCGGACAU